AUGGCUCGCGCGGGGGCCUCCUCCUCCUCCCCGCCACCGCCGCCACAACCUCCCUUGCCACUCACUCGGGAGGCGGCCGAGGAGGAGGAGGAGGAGGAGGAAGAGGAGGAGGAGGAAGACGACGACGACGACGAAGAAGAAGACGGAGAGGAGGAGGAGGAGGAGGAGGAAGAUCCCCCAGCCCGGGCUCUCAUGCCACGCUCCUCCCCGGUCCCCAGGCCUCAGCACCCCAGCGCCCCAGAGAGCUGCUCUUCGUCAGAGGACGACGGGGAGGAUGAUGGGCACCACCAGCACCCUUGCUUGGCCAGGCCACUCUCUCAGCAUCCCCCAGGCCUGCCUGGGCCACCUUCCCAGCAUGCAGUGCAGGACUGCCGAGGGCUCCCCUCCCAGCAUGCUCAAGGGCACCCUGGACUGUUUUCCCAACAUGCCACUGCAGCUGCCAUCCCUAUGGAGGAGCCCUCUCAGCACACCGCAGGCCGGCAUGUGCUGUUUGCUGAUGCCUUGGGCUUGCCCUUGGCACGUUGGCGGCGCUACCAGCCUUGGCCCCCACCUUCCCCAGAGUCUCCCCCUGAGGUGGCACCUUCCUUGGCCUCCCUCCCUCCCUCCACAAGCACCCCCUACCUUUUGCCAUCUUUUGUGUUGCAACCAGUGGGGCAAGAUGAGGAUGAGAAGCUUGAACGGCUGCACCAGGCCAAGGUAGAAUUGGAAGAAGUUUUGCCACAAGAGCCUGGAGAGCCACGAGUGCUUCGUGGUACUGUGCGUGUGCUCAACAUUUCUUACCACAAGGCUGUGCAUGUGCGGGCCAGCAGAGACCGGUGGCAAAGUCACCGGGAUUACCCCGCCCUCUAUAUUCCAGGGGGCUCACCAGAUGGAGGCCUGACUGACAGGUUUGCCUUCCGCCUGGAGUUUGGCGAUGAGGAUGAGGAAGAUGAGGAAGAAGGAGGAGCCCGGCUUGAUUUUGUGGUGCGCUAUCAGACCGAAGAAGGAGUUUACUGGGCCAAUAAUCAGGGCAAGAAUUAUAGUGUGGUACUGAAGGGGGCAGCGACUACCCAAGUUCUACCCACGAGGUCUUCUAAAGAAGGUGAAUCACGGCGGCUCAAGAGCUGUAUGAGGCCAGUCAAAAUCAGGUCAGGUGAAAAUGAGCUGCAAGUAGAGGACAUAGCUCAGUAUAUUUAUUCUGAAGAAACAAGUGUUGAAGGAAAUCUAUCCAAGGAAUUUCCAAACUCUUCUGUGAUGCAACCUUCAACUCCAAUAAUACAGAUUCCUGAACUCACAAUCACUACUAACUCACCAGAAAAGAAGGACCCUUCUAAAGAUCAUCUUGUAGAUUUUACUGAUUCCCCACAGGGACAUGCCAUCAGGGUCCACACUACAUCUCACGAGGAGCUGAAAGUGCCAUGGGGUUUCAUGCUAGGUACUGAAACCCAUUCCUUGGGACAGUGGGAUGCUCCCGAAUUCAGCAAGUGUGACCUCACCACAGAGGGCUCUUUCAUGGAAGAAUGCAUGGAGGAACAGUUGAGAAGAUACCAAGAGCUGCCCCAUCGCUUGGAGGAAGAUGCCAUAGAUAGAGAACUGGAACAGCUUUACUUGUCCCAUCUGAGCCGGCUUCGAGCAGAAGAGCUUGGAGGAAGAGGAGAGUGGUCUGAGGAGACCUCAGGCAGCAACACCAGUCCUGUACCAUCUCUCAUUGCAUUGCGUCAGAAUGUCUUGACUGAUCGUGACUUGAUAGUCAACUGGACAGGCCCAGAGAGAGCACUCAACAGUUCCCUGGCAAAAGAGAUCACACUGUACUAUGCUAAGCAACGGGGCGAUGACUCCAGAGAUAGUGAGGAGGAGGGAAUUAUGGCAGGAUAUGCAACACAGGGACCACCUGAGGUGGUUGGACCAGGCCGUGAUAGCCCACCGGUCUUACUAGAAGGCUGCUUUCUAAAUCAUCUGGAAGAGGGAAAUGUCCAACAGAGUCCAAUGAAGGACUCUGACUCCUUUCCCUUGAGAGUGGUGGCACCCAACAUGUUGAGGCCGGUAAUUCCAGAGGCUGUGGUGAUGCCCCUUGUAGUUCCAGCCCGGACACUAGUGCCCCUACCAAAGCGGCCCACAGACCUGCCAUCCAGCCCUCUUGAUGCCCAUGGACAAGGCAAGUGCCAGGGCUUCUUGAUCGGGCAUGGCAGCCUCUGGCUGGGUGAGGGCCUUCAUGUCCACAAGCCUUCAGAAACCAAUCCCGUUCCUCAUAAUGAACUUGAAAAGAUCUUGACACGCUCCCUGCGGUUCCUCAGCCUCUUUGUCUUCCUUCCCGUGGUUUUCAACAGCUGCAUGCCUUUGGUGGCCGUUACACUUUACCUCCUUUUGGAUUGGUUCUCAUAAUUGGUAUGACUCUCAGAAGUGCCAAAAGGCCCUUGAGAAGUUCUGUAACUUGGCUCUAUUCCUGUUUCACCUGAUCAACUAAAAAUUUGGCAGUAGUGUCAGAUCUUUUUAGAGUUAAUAGCACAUCCAUUCUAAAUUUCCCAAGGUUCAGAACUAUUUA